AGGAUCUGACGUGAGCUCGACACCUUUCUCAGCUUCUCCCUCCUGCAGCUCCAGUGCCCGAGCUUCGGCUCUCUAGGUUCCGCAACCCUCUCCCCUCCCUGCCAAGCUCUGCUGGAGCCCAGUAGGGAUCUUCCCGAUCCUCGACCCCACCCCAGGCCCCCGGAAGCUGUCGUACCUUUCCCCAGCUGGAUCCCAGCUUAGGAUCCAGUUAGCCCGGGGGACCCAGGCGCCCGAGCAAAAGGGUAACCCAGGCGAUCCGACCCCUUCGGCCCUCCCGGCUCCACCCCCUGCAGCCGGAGCCGCGCCCCCUCUCCCACAGACCCCGGAGCAGAGAACAGAGGAGAUUGGGCAAAGAGGGGUGGGCUCCAGGCGACCCCAAGCCCAAUUCCGCCCCUCUAUCCCAAGGGAUAGAGAAAUUGUCUUCCUUGCUAACUGCUAGCAGGAAAAUAAUAACAAUAAAGGGAAAAAGAGAACGAGAGGGAGGAAAGGUGACAGCUAGAUUAUUUAAGAGAGGCACAGAGAAGAGAAAUCGGUGUGAGUCGUCAUGGGGGCUCCCAGGGCCCAGCACCCGCCGCCUCCCCAGCUGCUGUUUCUAAUUCUGCUGAGCUGCCCCUGGAUUCAGGGUCUGCCCCUGAAAGAGGAGGAGGCCCUCCCUGAGCCUGGAAGUGAGACCCCAACGGUAGCCUCAGAGGCCUUGGCUGAGCUGCUGCGUGGGACGCUGCUGAGGAAGGGCCCAGAGAUGGGCUACCUGCCGGGAUCCGAUCCAGACCCCACACUAGCCACCCCUCCAGCCGGCCAGACUCUCGCAGUGCUCACCCUGCCACGGGCCACUGAGCCAGGGACAGGGCCUCUGACAACAGCGGUAACCCCUAAGGCCGGUAGAGGGGCAGGACCCACCGCGCCAGAGCUGCUGACCCCGCCCCCAGGAACUACGGCCCCACCCCUUCCCGGCCCUGCCUCCCCAGGCCCGCCCCUCGGGCCUGAGGGAGGAGAGGAGGAGACCACCACCACCAUCAUUACCACGACCACUGUCACCACUACCGUGACCAGCCCAGUUCUGUGUAACAACAACAUCUCCGAGGGCGAAGGGCAUGUGGAGUCUCCAGAUUUGGGGAGCAGCCGCACCCCAGGACCCAUGGACUGCACGUACAGCAUCCAUGUCUACCCUGGCUACGGCAUUGAGAUCCAGGUGCAAAUGCUGAACUUGUCUCAGGAAGAGGAACUCCUGGUGCUGGCUGGUGGGGGGUCCCCAGGCCUGGUCCCCCAACUCCUGGCCAACUCUUCUAUGCUGGGAGAAGGACAGGUCCUUCGGAGUCCAACCAACCGGCUGCUCCUGCACUUCCAGAGCCCACGGGUCCCCAGGAGUGGUGGCUUCCGAAUCCACUAUCAGGCCUAUCUGCUAAGCUGUGGCUUCCCUCCCCGGCCGGCCCAUGGGGAUGUGAGCGUGACAGACCUGCACCCUGGGGGCACUGCCACCUUCCACUGUGACUCAGGCUACCAGCUGCAGGGCGAAGAGACCCUCAUCUGCCUCAAUGGCACCCGGCCAGCCUGGAGCAGUGAACCCCCCAGCUGUUUGGCUUCCUGUGGUGGCACCAUCCACAACGCCACACUGGGCCGCAUUGUGUCCCCUGAGCCUGGGGGAGCUGCAGGGCCCAACCUCACCUGCCGUUGGGUCAUUGAGGCAGCUGAGGGACGCCGGCUGCACCUGCACUUUGAGAGGGUCUCCCUGGAUGAGGACAAUGACCGGCUGAUGGUGCGUUCAGGGGGCAGUCCUCUGUCCCCAGUGAUCUACGACUCUGACAUGGAUGAUGUCCCAGAGCGAGGCCUCAUCAGUGACGCCCAGUCCCUCUAUGUGGAACUUCUUUCAGAGACACCUGCCAAUCCCCUGCUGCUUAGCCUCCAGUUUGAAGCCUUCGAGGAAGAUCGCUGCUUUGCCCCCUUCCUGGCACAUGGCAAUGUCACCACCACAGACCCUGAGUACCACCCAGGGGCACUGGCUACCUUCUCGUGCCUCCCAGGAUAUGCCUUGGAGCCCCCUGGCCCUCCCAAUGCCAUCGAAUGUGUGGAUCCCACAGAACCCCACUGGAAUGACACAGAACCUGCCUGCAAGGCCAUGUGUGGAGGGGAGCUGUCAGAGCCCGCGGGUGUGGUCCUCUCACCGGACUGGCCCCAGAGCUACAACCCAGGCCAGGACUGCGUGUGGGGCCUACAUGUCCAGGAAGAGAAGCGCAUCUUGCUCCAAGUUGAGAUCUUGAAUGUGCGCGAAGGGGACAUGUUGACCCUGUUUGAUGGGGACGGUCCCAGCGCCCGCGUCCUGGCCCAGCUGCGAGGACCUCAACCGCGCCGCCGGCUCCUCUCAACUGGGCCCGACCUCACCCUGCAGUUCCAGGCACCGCCCGGACCCCCAAACCCGGGCCUUGGCCAGGGUUUCGUGUUGCACUUCAAAGAGGUCCCGAGGAACGACACGUGCCCCGAGCUGCCACCUCCGGAGUGGGGCUGGAGGACGGCUUCCCACGGGGACCUGAUCCGGGGCACAGUGCUUACUUACCAGUGCGAGCCUGGCUACGAGCUGCUCGGCUCCGACAUUCUCACCUGCCAAUGGGACCUGUCCUGGAGCGCAGCGCCACCCGCCUGCCAAAAGAUCAUGACUUGUGCCGACCCUGGUGAGAUCACCAACGGGCACCGUACCACCUCGGAUGCUGGCUUCCCUGUGGGCUCCCAUGUCCAGUACCGCUGUCUGCCAGGGUACAGCCUUGAGGGGGCGGCCGUCCUUACCUGCUACAGCCGGGACACUGGCACGCCCAAGUGGAGCGACCGGGUCCCCAAGUGCGCCUUAAAGUACGAGCCAUGCCUGAACCCCGGGGUACCAGAGAAUGGCUAUCAGACGCUGUACAAGCAUCAUUACCAGGCGGGCGAAUCUCUGCGCUUCUUCUGCUAUGAGGGUUUUGAGCUCAUCGGCGAGGUCACCAUCACCUGUGUGCCCGGCCACCCCUCACAGUGGACCAGCCAACCCCCACUCUGCAAAGUGGCCUAUGAGGAGCUCCAGGACAACCGAAAACUGGAAGUGACCCAGACCACAGACCGGUCCCGGCAGCUGGAGGGUGGGAACCUGGCCUUGGCCAUCCUGCUGCCCCUUGGCCUGGUCAUUGUCCUCGGCAGUGGCGUUUACAUAUACUACACCAAGCUGCAGGGAAAAUCCCUCUUCGGCUUUUCGGGCUCCCAUUCCUACAGCCCCAUCACCGUGGAGUCCGACUUCAGCAAUCCACUAUAUGAAGCUGGGGAUACACGGGAGUAUGAAGUUUCCAUCUGAACCCCAAGACUAAGGCUGCAGGACCCAAGAAGCCCCUCCCCUCCUCAUUCUGGGCAGGGAGUACAGGACCUGGCCUCUGGCUCCUUUUCUCCCUGCUGUGUAAAUAGUUUCCCCAGUCUUACAAGGGGGCUUGGAUGGCCCUGGGGACCCUACAGUAAAUAAACCAGCAUCCUGCGGCCCAAAGCCUCCUGUUCUCAGUUGCCAAACAAAGGGCCCACCCCACCCCACCCUCCUGGCUUUUGGACUCUGGCAGGGGAACUCAGCUCCCCUGCAACUCCUGGGGGCCCUCCAGCCCAGGGUACCCCCACAAGGACUGCCCCGGAGAGCUCUGCUGUUCCCUUGGCCACGAAGGCUCUUCCCUUCCCAGAUGCUCUGGCCCCAGGCCUAAGCCCUGGGCCUCAGAGGAUCAGAAGGGAAGGAGGGGAGAGCUGGGACAAGACCCCUACCCGCUUCCUGCCAUCUCCCCAACCUACAGUCUCUCCACUUUUGCUUCUGUAUUUUUGUUUUUGAGCAAUAAACAGAAAAUCGCCAUUUGUAA